AUGUCGAAGCAAUCAACUGAGACUAAGGCGUCUAUCGGGUCGUCUGCAAGCUCAUCAUCAACACUGCACAAUUGGAAACCUGCCUCUCUAUCUUCACGACCUCGCUCUUAUUCCCGACCUCCUCCUAUAGCAGUGCACCCAUGCACAUCGCCUCGAGACAUGCCACCCUUCCAGCCAUCCAAUCCACCCUCCAACAAGACGCUAGGACACUCUGGGCUACCCAAAACUUUGAUUGAACCUCUUGAUUCACCGGCAUUCUUGAAGGGAGACCUUAACUUCUCCACUUUCCGAGAGAGAGCUGCACUGGCUAUCGCUGAAUGGGGACCUUCCCCCACGGGCUCACAUUUCCCAGCAAGUGAUCUUCGUGCUCUCACCCCUCGGCGCAAUCAAUUCAAUCUUGGAACAAGCCUGGCCCCCUCGACAAACCAUGGCCUCAAGGCUCCCAGUCCCGGGCAUCAUUCCCCGGGACAAUGCCAUCUCCCUUCUCCCCCGCCCACACCUCUUACCCCUGGUCCCUACUCUCGCCCCCAACAUCGCGAGCAAAGCUCGGCCACCCGCCGCUCGUCGCUCAAGUUCGGCAAGCGUCCAAGGCCAUGUCCACUUCAGCUCAAGCAAACCAAGCUGCCCGAAAAAUCGGAAAAUUCAUACCACGAUGACAUGGAAAAUUUCCGUAACGUCCGUUUCGCCGACGGCUCUCCCCUUCGAGGCUCUACUUGGCACAUAACACAAUACCCCGCCAGACUUGCUUCACCGCCGAUUUCUGCAGCAAAUCUUAGUCUGGCAGACCUAGUCGAGCUGGAGGCCAUAAAACAAUCCCUUGGCACCUGGUGUGGCGAGAUGAUGGGGUCGCCGAUGCGUGGCUCGUUCAGUCAGUCCUCGACAUGCUCUCUAUCCGAGUCAGACGGCCAGAAGAGCUGGGCACCCAUACACACGCCACUGCCCAUCUCUGAAAGCCCAACCUCUUCGCCCAUUUCCUGUCCCGAGGAACUUGAUGACCUGUGGGGCGAAGUCGGGUGGCCCCACUCACCGGACUACGAUUCAGACUGCGACAGCGAGAUCUUUGAGGGUAUGCAUUGA